AUGUUUGACCGCGAGGAGAAGACUAUCCGGCUACCCGACCUCAUGAAGUCGAUCCCUUUCCCCAUCCGCUUAAACCCGUACACCCGGUUCGUGUCCGCUGACUCAGAUGCCUCUAUUUUGGAGUCGUCGAACCUCAAGAAGGAACAGAGGUCCAAGUUCAUUGGAUUAAAUUCCGGUCUCCUGUGUGGCAUGUGCUACUCAGAGUGCGGGUUUGAAGAGCUCAGAGCGUGCACGGACUUUAUGAGCUUCCUCUUCAAUCUUGAUGAUUGGAGCGAUGAAUUCGACACGGAAGGAACAAAGGGUUUGGAGGAGGCCGUGAUGAACACUCUGCGUUAUCCGGAGACCUUUCGCUCGGAUACUGUCGCUGCUCGGGUGACCAAAUCGUGGUGGAUGAAGAUGCUCGAGACUAUCGGUCCUAAUUCCAAGAAACGCUUCGUCGACACGAUGGACUUGUACUUCAAGGCCAUCACGCAGCAGGCUGCCGAUCGAGCGGCGAUGAGAGUUCCGGAGCUAGCGGCCUACAUUCACUUGCGUCGCAGAACUAGUGGAUGCAAGACCGGCUUCGUCCUCAUUGGGUACACUGCGCAUAUCGACCUUCCUGACGAGGUCUAUGAGCAUCCUCUCAUUCAAGGUCUAAUGGAUAUUACCAACGACAGCAUCAGCUGGUGUAAUGAUAUCUUCUCAUAUUAUCGCGAACGCUCACUCGGAGAUCCGCACAACCUCGUGUGUGUGCUAAUGAAGGCCUUUGAUCUGGAGCAACAAGCUGCCAUCGACUAUGCUGCAGAUAUGGUGAUCAAGACUAUCGAGCGUUUCCUUGCGAUCAAAGCAGAAUUGCCUUCUUGGGGUCCUGAAGUUGAUGCACUGGUAGAGGUGUAUGUGCAGGGUCUGGAAGACUGGAUUGGAGCCAAUGCAGAGUGGAGCUUUAUGACCGAGAGAUAUUUCGGGAAGGAUGCUCCUCGGGUCAGGAAGAGCUUGCAGAUCAAACUUUCUCCCGUUGUGUCGUUUAAAUAA